AAAAAAAGUUUAAAAAAGGAAACCUUUAAGGUUUCAUUUUGAUUUAAUGAGGAACAAAUUGCUAUAAUGUUAAAUAAAUAUACAAAAGUACAACUAAAUUUAAAAUAGUAUAAGAAAUCAUUUCUAGUUUGAAAGCAGAAUCGUUUGAAAAUGAAUACCAGUUGUCUCGAUUCCCCAAUUCGAUAGACAAGCAAUCGGAGGCGUCAUGGCAACCAGUUCCUAGGAGCCCCGAUUCCGGAUUCAGCCCCAACAACGCAGCAGUCGGCGGAGCAAACAAUAAACAAUAGACAUCAAACAUCCAGUCGUAACCACAGUAGCAGGCACUUGGUUUUCAGUUACAUUUCGACUUCACCUCGCGCCGGCUCUCCAUCUAUUUCUAUACACUAGACAUCCGAAUUGGCCUCUGAAAAUUAUUAGCUUUCUCGAGCUAACCCAGUGACAAUCCUCCGGAGCAGCGGCAGGGUCUUAGAUGGUAUCGCCGCGCAAGCUGGCAUCGUCCUACGGCCCAAGAGCAUCCCAAUCGGAAGCGAACAAUCUGAUGGCAGCGUCGGCAAAGAGCUGUGAGAGCCUAUUCUCGGCCAGCUCCCGGGAGUCGGCCAGCCUGAUCUACCAGCGCAGCAAGGCGCCACCGCAACAACGUGGCGGCGUUAAGGGUUCCGGCAGUAUGAGCUCCCAGAACCACAGCGAGAUCCAUCAGCGCGUCAUGUCCGCGAGGAACCUUCGCGCCAAGACCUUCCAGAACCAACUGGCCGAUGCCCAGGCGGAGAUUGCCAAUCUGGCGCACGAGAAUCGCAUGCUGCGCACGCUCCACAAUCGCCAGUCAUCGGCGCUCAAUAAGUACGAGGCCAACAACGCCGAGCUGCCCAAGUUGCUCCGCUCCCAUGCCGAGGAGCUGCGCGUGUGGCAGACCAAGUACCGCACUCUCCAGGCUGCGAACAAGGCUCUGGAGCUAAAGCUCAAGCAGAAGGAGGAAAUCAUCCUGUCGCUGAGCGAUCAGAACAAGCACUACAGCCAGCUCAACAAGGAUAAGAAUCUCGACGAGCGCCAAAAGCUUCAGGAGAAGCUGAAAUCCCUGGAGCAGCGUUUGGAGGAGAAGGACAACGACAUGAAGCUGAUGGCCCGCAAGGUGCAGCUGGAGUCGAAGAACAUCCGCCAGCAACUGCUCAACGAGCAAAGGAAGGGCAAGGAGGUGAUGCUGAAGCUGGAGAAGGCCAAGCUGGAGAUCAGUGGAUACCGCAAGCUGGAGGAGUACACUCUCGGCACCGACAAGGUGAAUCCCCUGUCCUCCGGACGACGAACCAAACUCAGUGGCGUCACCGAUGAGCCGGACAAGAUCGACAAGUUGGAGAAGUCAAUGGAGAUGCUGGACAAGGCCAUCGAGAAGAACAACCAAAGCGAAUUCACGGCUUUGACGGAUGUGAUGGAGUCGGAAUCGUUCUACGACUUCGACAAAGACAGUGCCGAGGACAAGAGUGGACCAAACACUCCACCUAGUCAAAUCGAACGACAGGUGGGCGGGCGGGGCGGCAAGCUUGUCCUGCCGCCCGCCACGAACCACGCUAAGAUGGGACAGAAAGCCAAUCGGUCCACUUUGAGCCAAGUCCUCUCGGCCCAGGCAAAGAUUUCGGUAUCUUCUGGAAAAUCUGCUAAAUCACGCAUUGCCGUUGCUGUGCCCAAAAUGGAAAGUGUCCAGGUUAUCAAGCGUCGCGAACCGGAGACCAUGUCCAGACUGGUUUCCGCCGAAGCCAAGCCCAAGCAGAAGUCUCUGGAGUACGAGUACGAGGACGACUAUGAGCCGGCUGGAGAUGAUGGUGAUGAUGACGCCUACGGCCUGAUGAGCAAGAUGUGCGAGGGGGAAGAGGAACCACAGGACAACAGCGAAGAGAAUGCCAACGACAGCAGUCUAUUGAAAUACUCGGCCUACAUGGAUAACAAGAGUAGCGAGGGCGAUCCCCUGGAGGAAUCAAUGGAGGAGUACGACGGAACUGAUGGUCAACAAUCGCAGGGCAGCGACGAUGAGGACCAUAGUGUACGUGCUCCGCGUCUGAAGGAGAACAUGUCCAGCCUACGCAAGCAGAUCUCGGAUGACUUCAAGGACCGCGAGAGUUUCCUGAAGACGUUCUGCCGCCAGGCCAGCAACAGCCAUAUGCGCGACGAUCCCGCGCCGAAGAAGAGGAGCAGCAUCGCGACCGGAGCGGCCAGUAGUAGCCACAUGACCGGCAGUCGCAAGCAUGCCCUCUUGGCCGCUCUAAAGACGAUCGACGACAACAAGAGCCAGGACUAGAGUGCACUGCAUCAGUUCCACCCAUGUCCAGUUCAAGUUAGUCCUUAAGCGGUGUUGAGUUAUAUAUAUAUUUUUCAAGCUGAGGCCCGUGUGUCCGGCGCAGCUGGAGCAGUUGCAUCAGUGGCUAGGCGAAGAUGAAUCGAAUCCAGCCCUUGAUGCAGUUGCUCCAGCGCCGGUCGCAUGGUCGUUGAUUAAAUUUUAAUAUAAACA